AAGAGACGCGGCGAGGGCCUCCAGGCCCGUGGCAGGAAAGAUCCGGGGCUCUCCAGGGCCGCGCACCACCAUGUCGGUGCGGACGCUGCCGCUGCUCUUCUUGAACUUGGGCGGGGAGAUGCUUUACGUCCUGGACCAGCGGCUGCGGGCGCAGAACAUCCCCGGAGACAAGGCCCGCAAAGAUGAAUGGACAGAGGUGGACAGAAAACGAGUUCUGAAUGACAUCAUUUCAACCAUGUUUAACAAGAAGUUUAUAGAAGAGUUGUUCAAACCCCAGGAUCUCUUCUCCAAGAAGGCCCUGAGGACUGUCUACGACCGCCUGGCUCAUGCUUCCAUUAUGAGACUGAACCAGGCCAGCAUGGAUAAGCUUUAUGAUCUGAUGACCAUGGCUUUCAAAUAUCAAGUGCUGCUAUGUCCGCGUCCCAAGGAUGUAUUGUUGGUCACUUUCAACCAUUUAGAUACUAUCAGGGAAUUCAUCCAAGACUCCCCAACCAUCCUUAAUCAAGUGGAUGAGACGUUCCGGCAGCUGUCAGAAAUAUAUGGGUCUCUCUCUGCUGGAGAGUUCCAGCUGAUCCGGCAGACGCUCCUCAUGUUCUUCCAAGACCUGCACAUCCGAGUGUCCACAUUUCUCAAGGACAAAGUUCAGAACUCAAAUGGUCGCUUUGUGUUGCCAGUAUCUGGGCCUGUCCCCUGGGGAACUGAAGUUCCUGGACUCAUCAGAGUUUUCAAUGACAAAGGCCAAGAAGUGAAGAGAAUGAAAUUUCACCAUGGUGGAAACUAUGUUACUGCCCCCAAAGAAGGUUCUUUUGAAUUGCAUGGAGACCGAGUCUUGAAACUUGGAACUAACAUGUACAGUGUGAAUCGGCCAGUGGAAACCCGUAUGGCUGGAACAUCAAAGGACUUAACCUCACGGACACAGGAAAGCAUUGCUCCAAACCCUCUGGCCAAAGAAGAGCUGAAUUUCUUGGCCAGGCUAAUGGGAGGAAUGGAGAUUAAGAAACCUAGUGGCCCUGAGCCAGGAUUCCGGCUGAGUCUCUUUACUACUGAUGAAGAAGAGGAACAUGCAGCACUCUCCAGGCCAGAGGAGUUAUCCUACGAAAUCAUCAGCAUACAAGCUACACAGGACCAGCAACGGAAUGAAGAGCUGGCUCGGAUCAUGGGGGAGCUUGAGAUCACAGAGAAGCCACAACAGAGCACCAACAAGGGUGAUGACCUACUUGCCAUGAUGGAUGAGUUAUAGCCAUGCUGCUCAGGUGCAGCCUCCUCUCUGGAGAAGCAGCCCAGUGACCACCCUGAGGACAGAUAUCCAGUGGUCCAAAGUAAGGGUGGAACCUCUAGUCCCUUCUUAAGUCAUAAUGAACUGCAGAUCUUCCUCAGCACCCUUUCUGAGGCACAUACAUGUAUAUGUAUUUUCAGCAAAAUAUAAUCUGGCUUUUAAACCA